UGUUGAAAAUGCAAUUCUCGCAGUGGAUAGAGCAAGCUUCUGAACCCAACAAGGAAGCAGUUAUUAAAGCAUUGCUAGGUGCAAAAGAAGCUAUGCUUGGGAUUAGAUAUCAUAUGCGCCUAAUGGGUGAGGCUGCAGGUGUUCCUAUUGAACCAGAAUCACAAACAAAACUUUUAGAUGCUACACUGAACUUGGAAGGAGUGUUGUUGGCUGGAGUUCCAGGAGCAGGAGGAUUUGAUGCUGUCUUUGCUGUUACUUUGGGAGAUUCAAGCAGCAAUGUGACAAAAACAUGGAGCUCACUCAAUGUACUUGCCCUUCUGGUUAAAGAAGAUCCUUGUGGCGUUUCUUUAGAAAGUGCUGACCCUAGAACAAAUGAAAUCACUUCAGCUGUAUCUUCAAUUCAUAUUGAAUAAUUUAUUGUAAAUAUUGUUUAUUUUUAAUACGAUGAAUUUGUUUAUUUUUUGAAA